GAGCGAGUACCCGUACCGCUACGACUCCUUCCAGCGAGACGAUAGCCAGGAAUACAAUGGAAGGUACGACUCCUUCGACAAUGGCUGCAACGGGUAUGAUCGCGAAGCUGAUUAUUACCAGGAUAGUCCGUACCAUCAGCCUCGCAGUGAUACGGAGUCAGAACCUCUGUACUACAACAGCCGACCACCUCAUAACGUGUACCCAGAUCCCUAUGAUAGGGAGCCUAUGUAUGAUGCUUAUGAUGGGUAUGAGGGCAGAUAUUAUGAUGAAGAAGAAUACUUGGAAAGAGGAGAUAGUUUUGCUGAUAACAGUCCCCCUGGGAGUAGGAUGUCCCCAGCUUACGUGAGCAGGCAGAGCACACAGGAAUACAGCGACAGCAUGGGAGAGCCGAGCUCACAUCACCAACUCCCAAGUUACCACGGGCAGUUUGAUAUAGAGACCAACCCCCAGAUGCCCAAUCCAGCCAAGAUGAGGUGGAUCCGAGCAUUUGAACAAGUCUGUGCCCACCUGAGUGAGCGUCCGGUGGGGAUGGAGAAUGGUGACAUGGAUGAUGACCACCGAGGGUGGUACCCGCAGUCUAAUGGAGGACCACCCGAACACAAUCCAUUUUAUACAAGUAUUAACAGCAUGCCGGACAUAACGCCAAGGAAGAAGUCCAUUCCACUCGUCAGUGAAUUGGUUAUGCAGGUCAUGCAGACCAUGGCUGCAAAUAAGCGGGUAGGAGGACCUUCAGCAAUGGUGGCCAGGCAGUCACUAAAUGACGAAGAGUUGAAAAUGCAUGUGUACAAGAAGACCCUCCAGGCCCUGAUCUACCCCAUCUCCAGCACCAGGCCUCACAACUUUGUGGUGUGGUCCGCCACCUCCCCGACCUAUUGCUUUGAGUGUGAGGGUCUGCUGUGGGGGCUGGCCAGGCAGGGGGUGCGGUGCACGGAAUGCGGGGUCAAAUGCCAUGAGAAGUGCAAGGACCUGUUGAAUGCAGACUGCCUGCAAAGGGCAGCUGAGAAAAGCUCAAAACAUGGUGCUGAAGACAAGACUCAAAAUAUUAUCAUGGCAAUGAAGGACAGAAUGAAGCAGAGGGAGAAGAAUAAGCCAGAUAUAUUUGAGUUGAUUAGGGUAGUAUUUAGAGUGGAGUGCAAUCUCCAUGACGCCCAGAUGGAAGCAGUGGAAAAGCGGCUCCUGGAAGAUGGCACCAGCAAGUGGUCAGCUAAGAUUGUUAUCACAGUGAUCUGUGCACAAGGGUUGACCCCCAAAGACAAGACGGGAACCAGUGACCCUUAUGUCACUGUGCAAGUAGGCAAGACCAAGAAAAGGACCAAAACUGUCCCCCAAGAUCUGAAUCCAGUUUGGGGAGAGAAGUUUUAUUUUGAGUGCCAUAAUUCGUCUGACAGAAUCAAAGUGCGAGUGUGGGACGAGGACAAUGAUCUUAAGUCCAAAUUACGGCACAAAUUCACUCGAGAAGCAGACGAUUUUCUGGGGCAGACAAUAAUUGAAGUGCGAACUUUGAGUGGUGAAAUGGAUGUGUGGUAUAAUUUAGAAAAGCGAACAGACAAAUCAGCCGUCUCUGGUGCUAUACGCCUUCACAUCAGUGUGGAAAUCAAGGGGGAAGAGAAAGUGGCGCCUUACCAUGUACAAUAUACCUGUUUGCAUGAGAACAUCUUCCAUUCCUUGUCAGAAACAUCAGGUGGCAUGAUGAAACUUCCUGAGGCAAAGGGGGAUGAUGCUUGGAAAGUGUACUUUGAAGAACCUGCCCAGGAGAUUGUAGAUGAGUUUGCCAUGAGAUAUGGAAUAGAAUCCAUUUACCAAGCAAUGACGCAUUUUUCAUGUCUAUCUACCAAGUACAUGUGCCCAGGAGUCCCUGCUGUGAUGAGUACAUUACUAGCAAAUAUCAAUGCCUUCUAUGCACACACCACUGCCUCCACAGCCGUGUCUGCCAGUGAUAGGUUUGCAGCUUCUAACUUUGGGAAAGAAAAGUUUGUGAAGUUGCUGGAUCAGCUCCAUAAUUCUCUCAGAAUAGAUCUCUCUGUAUACAGGAAUGCAUUUCCAGCUUCUGAACAAGCAAGACUUCAGGAUCUCAAAUCCACAGUAGAUCUUCUUACUAGUAUAACAUUCUUCAGAAUGAAGGUGCUAGAGUUGGCUAGUCCUCCCCGUGCCAGUGCUGUAGUCAAAGACUGUGUAAAGGCCUGUAUGAAGUCCACCUACCAGUUCCUAGUAGACAAUUGCUACGAGUUGUACCAGAGAGAGUUCCAGACAGAUCCUGCAGAGGAGAAAAACCUGCAGGAACUGCAAGCAGAGGGUCCCAACACCAGAAGUUUAGACUUCUGGCACAAAUUGACAGCUUUAAUUGUGUCUGUGAUUGAAGAAGAUAAGAAUAGUUACACGCCAGUAUUAAAUCAGUUCCCACAAGAGUUGAAUGUUGGUCAGGAGAGUGCAUCUUCUCUAUGGGGUCUGUAUGCCCAGGACAUUAGUUAUGCACUACAAGAUUGGGCUGAGGAGAUAGAAAUAAGAAAUGCAGAGACUAAUAGACGCAGAAAGCAUGAAAAAGAGAGAAUAUGCAAAAGUUCGGAAUACAUGAAUCUCCACUUUAAAGUGAAGUGGUUCUACAACAAGUAUAUAGCAGAUGUCCCACCCUACAAGGGAACAGUGCCAGCAUACCCACAGUGGUUUGAACCCUUUGUGAUGCAGUGGUUGAAUGAAAAUGAUGAAGUUUCAAUGGAGUAUUUGCAUGGAGCAUAUGAUAGAGAUAAAAAGGAUGGUUUUCAAAAGUCAGCUGAACACUCGCUAUUUUCCACUUCGGUCACUGAUGUGUUCACGCAGCUGAAUCAGUGCUUUGAUGUCAUCCAGAAGCUAGAGUGUCCAGAUCCAGAGUUUGUCAAAAGUUACAUGAAACGAUUUGCCAAGACUGUUAAUAAAGUCCUUUUAGCCUAUGCAGACAUAGUACGGAGGGAUUUUGAGAAGUAUGUUGCAAGACAGAAAAUAGACCUACAUGAGAAGGACCACUUUAGCCUAGAGGCAAUUGGCAUGGCCUGCAUUUUGAUGAACAACAUCCAGCAGCUCCGUGUCCAGCUGGAGAAGGUGUUUGAGACCAUGGGUGGGGAGAAGCUGGAUCCCAGUGCAGCAGAUAUCCUCAAAGAGUUGCAGCAGAAACUGAAUGGAGUGUUAGACCAGCUCAGUGCAAUAUUUGCCAGCAGCCUUGAACCUCAAAUCCAUGUCAGUAUGCAGCAGCUGGCAUCCCUGCUGGCCAAGGUGAAGGGGGCUGGUCAGGUGUCCCUCAGCCAGUCAAGCCAGAGGACAGCUGUCCAACAGGAGUCGGAAAUGGUUCUCACGCCUCUCAUGGACUUUUUAGAUGGGAGUUUGGCUAUGUUUGCUCAGCUGUGUGAGAAGACAGUGCUCAAACGGGUUCUCAAGGAACUUUGGAAGAUUGUGAUGAGUACAAUGGAAAAGACGGUAGUGUUACCGCCUCUGUCAGAUCCUAGACAGCUUUUUCCUCUCCCUGGCAAUGCACAAGCAAAGAUUGAGGAUGUUUCUUCCAAAGUUCUCAACCGCAUGCCUGUUAAAUACCUACAGGAUAUGUCCAAAGAGGCAGAGAAGAACCUGAGUCUGAAGCAGUGUGCAGUGCUGGACAUGGCCCUGGACACCAUCAAGCAGUACUUCCAUGCUGGUGGUAAUGGCUUGAAGAAGACCUUCCUGGAGAGAAGUGCCGAGCUCCAGUCUCUGAGAUAUGCUCUGUCUCUGUACACACAGACCACAGACACUCUCAUCAAAACAUUUGUCAGCACACAGAGACAACAAGAUCAUCCCAGUGUGGAAGAGCCUGUAGGAGAGGUGUCUAUCCAGGUAGACCUGUUCACACACCCAGGAACUGGGGAGCACAAAGUCACUGUAAAAAUUGUGGCAGCUAAUGACUUGAAGUGGGAGACAACAGGAAUGUUUCGUCCCUUUGUAGAGGUGAACCUUAUUGGCCCCCACAUCAGUGAUAAGAGACGUAGACAUGCUACCAAGUCAAAGAGCAACAACUGGUCUCCUAAGUUCAAUGAAACAUUCCACUUCAUUCUCAGCAAUGAAGAUGAGCCAGAUGCCUACGAAUUACAUAUCUGUGUGAAAGACUACUGUUUUGCCCGUGAUGAUAGACUAAUUGGCGUUGCUGUGAUGCAGUUAAAAGACAUUCAAGAGAAGGGCAGCUGUGCGUGCUGGUGUUCGCUGGGACGCAGAGUCCAGCUGGACGAGACUGGAUGGACAAUCUUACGCAUUUUGUCUCAAAGAACCAAUGAUGAAGUGGCAAAAGAGUUCGUGAAACUGAAAUCUGAGUGUAGAUCUCAAGAAGAAGUCACACAGACAUGAUGACUGAAGUCUGUUGCUGUCCUGUGCACAUGUUGUUCUGUAAUAAAGUAGUACACUGUAGUUUGAGACAAUCUGUGUUUUGUAUAUUUUCCCAGCGUUCUAUGCAGUCUGAUUCUAGGGAUGCGGAAAGCUGAAUGACUUCUGGAAGAGAUUGUUCGACUAGUGCAGUUUUGCAAAUUUUGUGUGUUGAUAACUUCAGAUGAUUUUGGCUUCAACCUAUGGAAUAUAUAUUUUUUUUCAUCCAGUUUUAAAUCUUGUUUUGUAUUUUUUCAGCUGUAUAUUCAGUGCUUUUCUUUUUGCAUCUAAAUACCUAAUUGCAUUGGGUUUUGGGCUAUUUAAACUAAAUGUAUUUCUUACCAAAGUACCUUGAUAGAUUAUUUUUUAAAAAAUUGCAUUUAAUCUGUACAUAUGUUUAGCUAUUGUAACACUUGCCCAUUCCUUUUGUAUACUGUAUGUACAUACACACCACAGCUUUCAUAUUCACAUAUUAAUCAUUAUUUAAACAGAUUGAAGGUGUCUGGUUGAAGGGACACCACAAGAGUCUGAUCAAGUAGCUUAAUUCUUUGUUCAUUUAUUGUAUGCUUUAUGUAAGAAAUAUUCAGAUAAAUGUCAACAGACUUCAUAUGUACAGUUUUAUACCACCUGGUCUGAUUAUGAUACAUGUUCGUGUACAGUAAUGGGACUAUUUGCUGUGAAAAUUUUGCACCUCAGUGAUAUUUGAAUACUCUUGUAUUACUUCACAUUGAAAAAUUUAUUAAAUAUGGUAGGGAGUUUUCAGUAGAGCAGAAAAAGAAACUAGGUGCCUCAGCACAGUGACUAAUAGUUACUGUCACAUAGUGUACAAGUCAUGGGCUAAAAUAUUCUUGUGAUUUUUGCACCUUGAUUGGUAUUGUGGGAGUUUGAUCAGUUACCAUACCACUGUGUCAUUUUGAUUGGGUUAAGUUGGUUGUAAUUUCUUAUUAUUGUUUUUCAAGAAUUUCCUUGUUGGCUUUUAAAGGCAGUCCAGUUCAUGUAGUGCUUUGGUAGGCAUAAUAAGAAUGCGACAGCUGACAUUGGCAUUUUCAUUUGUAAACUACUUUUGAUUGAUAUAUUUUGUUAGGCAUUUUUGUUGUAAAUCUGACCUGGUUACUGUUAUGGUGAACAAUUACAAUGUUUAAACAUACAGUGCUUAAAAUGCUUAUAUAAUAUUAGGUAUUCGAACUAAAUGUUUGUUACUAAGCCCCACACAAAAUACCACUAUAAUAGUUAAAAAUUGGCAUGUAGAGACAUGGUGGUUUUUGAAAUCGGAAAAAUCAGCAAGAUUUAGUCUUUUUUCCUAAUUGUUUUCAUAUAAAAUUCCCAACUGGUAUCUCCAGUUCCAACUAGUCUCUUAAUUGCAGUGAUACUAGCUAGUCUCAGAGUUGUGCAAGUGGUUUUCUAGAAGUACAUAAGUUAAAUGGGAUUUUUUACAGCAUUUAGAAAAUGAUGUCCAAGUUGGAGGAGUGUUAUAUUCAGUAUUAGGCAUGCUUUGUGUAGGAAAGAUGGACUUGGAUAUAAGAACAAUAAAAUAAUAAGUAUAAGGAAAGUGACCCACCUUUGGAAUCUCAACCAUAUCCUCUCAGGUCUCUGGUAAAACACACUAAUUUCUGUCAGAUAUUUUCAUUUAGAACAUGUUGGAUCAUUCAGUUUAAAAAUGUUAACUUCUUUUUCCAGUUUAUUAGCUAUGUUUAAUUUAGGUUCACUAAGGAUGUAUAGGAAUUUGUUUACAGGAAGGAAGAAAAAUAUUUAAUUGCAAAGCUUUUAUAUGAUUUCUCAGUAUCACCUCAUUUAACUUUGUACGAGUUAAAUCACAUUUGUGGCAAGGCAGGGAGGACUGCAUUUAUAGGAAGGAUAAUAAGUUUCACUUUUCAUUUGAUGUUUAAUUCAGUUUCAUAACUUACAUGUACUUUGCUUCUUCUAGUCGCAAAUGGACUCCAAAGAGAUGACUUAAUGUGUAUAAGCAUUUUGUCUUACCAAGGUGGCAAUUUAAUUUAAUUUGGUGUUUAAUUAUUUAAGUCUUGAGACACUAAAUGAGUCUCUAUUGUAUUGACAUAUGUUCUUUAUUUUCUGUUCUAAUUAUUUUAAAAAUUUUGCAUUGUUAAUAUAUUCCAAACAAAAAAUAAA